AUGGACAUAGAUAAAUACCGUAUUCAUGAUCUUACUAACGCCACAGAAGUUCGUCGUGGAGUAGCCGGACAGCCGAUGGCAAUCGAAAGCUGCAAGAACAGCAACCUCCUCGUUCUCGACCAUACCUCUACGAUUACGGUAGACGACUGCACUGAUUGCUUGAUUUUAUUGGCUCCGUGUUCUGGGAGUGUCUUCCUUCGUGAAUGCGACUCUUGCACUGUGCUUACGGCAUGUCAACAACUCCGUACACGAGAUUGUCGCAAUCUACGUAUCGCUCUUCAUUGUGCCACUCAACCAAUUAUAGAAGAAACCACAAAUGUCAUGUUUCAUCCAUUAUCACUACACUAUGACUCGUUCAUAGAUGACAUGACUGCGGCUCGAUUAAGCUUAUUUACCAGCCAUUCAAAUUCUGUGCAUGAUUUUACUCCAGAUCGAGGUGCUAUUCACUACAAAAUCAAUCACGAUGCUUUGGCUCUGGUGAGUUCAGUUACAAUUUCAAAUCAGACAUGAAG